CGCCUCGCUCCUUAACGUCCUCCCCUCCGUGUUACGAAACGAUGCGCUACGCACACGUCCUCACUCUCCUGCUCCUGCCCUUCCUGGUCGUGGCACAGACGACCUCCAACUCGACAUCGGCUGCACAACAGAGCGCAUCGGGAGGCACGUCAGGUAACUCCACGCAGCCUACAGCAAGCGGGAACUCCACCGCCUCCGCUACGCCUUCAGUAACAACCAUUACCUCCGUCUUCACCACCGUUGUCCUCGGCACCAACCGUGUCCUCUCCACAAUCACCUCCACAACUCUCACUACGAGCACAAUUGCACCGCCUAACCAGAGUGGGGCAUCUUCUGGAGCGUCGGGUGGCCAAAGCUCGACCUCCACUUCCACCUCGCCUCCGACCACUGCGCCCGCAAGCAUCGACGGCGGUGGCAACCUUCCUAAUGGUGCACCGAGCCCGGGAACAACGGGUGAUGGAGGCAUUUUUGGUCCUGGGGACGGCUACAUCGCUGCCGCACUGAUACACAACGCAAACCUGCUGCUGACUGUGCUCGUGGGCGUCGCAGCGGGCGCCGCGCUGGUGACGAUGUAGGGUCUGGCGGCGCAGACCUACGUUGGGAGUGGUUUGGUGGGAUUGGGGUUAGGGACACAUCGCAUCUUCACAUUUUUGCACGGACAUUCUUGUAUGACCCUCAUGGACAUCUACCCAGUAUUGUUAUACGCGUAGUUGGACUACAGUAUGCGUGCGGGUUUCAUGCCCGUGCGCAUCACGCUUUUCGUUGCUCUCUUCUCGCAAAUAGCGUACGCUCUCAUAGAUCAGGAUAAUACAGCUGGUUGCGGAAUUAAUGCCAGCCGACUCCGAACGACGCUCGUGCACUUUCUGCAUCGUAAAAUGAAACAAAUCCCAUAAAUCGCCC